GUCCCGUCGGUACCGCAAGAUGGCGGCGCCCAUAUUGGUGCCCGAGCCCCCCCUGGGGAAGCCGAGCCAUCAAAAGUACAGAGCUAUUCUAAAGAAGGAGAAGAGGAAAAAAAAGCGACAGGCACUUGCCAAACUAAGGGACUCAGAAGCUGCUGAAAAAGAUGAAUCUGUGUCUGAGGAGGAAGAGGAAGAAGUGGAAGAAGAAGAGGAAGAAGAGGAAGAAAAAAAACUUGAGGCAGAAAGACAAAAACUACAUGAGCAGUGGUUGCUGAGAGAAGAAAAGGCCCAAGAAGAGUUCAAGCUAAAGAAAGAAAAAGAAGAGGCUGCAAGAAAGCGUCAAGAAGAAGAAGAGAGGAAGAUCAAAGAAGAAUGGGAAGAGCAGCAAAGAAAAGAGAGAGAAAUGGCACAGCAGAAGCAACAGGAGAAGAAAGAGAGAGAGGCAGCUGUGCAGAGGAUGCUGGAUCAAGCUGAAAACCAGCUGGAGAAUGGUGUGAGUUGGCAUAAUCCAGAGCCUCCAGAAAAUUUGGGAACAGAGAAGGAUAGAGCGAAUUGCCCAUUUUAUAUUAAAACAGGUUCCUGCCGAUUUGGAGACAGGUGUUCUCGCAAGCAUAACUACCCCACAUCUAGCAAGACUCUGCUCGUGCGAGGGAUGUUCAUCACUUUUGGCAUGGAGCAGUGCCGGAGAGACGACUAUGACACAGAUGCCAGUCUGGAGUACAGUGAUGAGGAGACCUACCAGCAGUUCCUGGAGUUCUAUGAGGAUGUGCUCCCUGAAUUUCAGAAUGUGGGGAAGGUGGUUCAAUUCAAGGUCAGUUGUAACUAUGAGCCUCACCUGCGAGGAAAUGUGUACGUCCAGUACCAAUCGGAGAAGGACUGCCAGGCAGCUCUGGCCCUGUUCAGUGGACGAUGGUAUGCAGGCAGACAGCUUCAUUGUGAAUUCUGUCCUGUGACAAGGUGGAAAACUGCCAUAUGUGGCUUAUUUGAAAGGCAGAAGUGUCCAAGAGGGAAACACUGCAACUUUCUUCAUGUAUUCAAAAAUCCCAACAACGAGUUUUGGGAGGCCAAUAGAGACAUACGUGUUUCUCCUGAACGGACUCAUCAGUUGUCUAAAAACUCUGAGAGGAGAAACAGAUCGAGCCAUCGUGACGACUAUUACAGCCGCUCCAGGAGAAGGGGCAGCCCGAGCCCAGACCAUUCCUACCACAGAAAUGGAGAAUCCGAGAGAAAAAAGAAUCGCCGCAAAAGCAAGAGGCGGCACCGGUCAGGGAGGUCGAGAAGUCAUGAGAGGAGGAGAUCUCACAGCAGGGGCAGGAAGAGGAGAGGCCGUAGUCGCAGCAGGAGUCACAGUCGGACACGCAGCAGGAGCAGAAGCAGAAGCAGGAGUUCCUCUCGAUCCAGGAGCAGGGGUAAAAAGAGAUCAAGCAGCAGAGGAAAAAAUAGUGAAACUCCCAAAACAAAGUGAGAAUUACUUUCAGAAAUCACUAAUUGAUAAAAGGAGAGCUGACAAAUCUUCCCAAUAGGGCACCAGAUAUAUUUGAAUUUCAAAUAAAGUGUUCUUGCACAUUAAAAUGUUUCUUCCUAAUAAAGGAACGUAGUUUACUGUGUGCAAAGCUCGAAAAAAUUAAAAUUUUUAAGUCCUAUAGAA